CCUUAUUUAGAGUAGUUUAAUCAAUUAUUUUUCAUUAGAUGAAGUAUUUCCUUGAACAAGAGAAGCUGAUGGUACUUAUAGGGUGAGUGCAUUUAAGUGUAAGGCAGCUAUUCUGUUCAUGUGUGUGGCAUUUAGGCUCAGCCAAAACUCUGGAUGUGUAUUGUUGUUUGUAAGGCCACAACACAGCUAAGUCUUCAUUACAGCAAGUGAAACAUUGGUUUGUUACUUGGAAAAACAUACCUAAAAGUACAGAGCUGAGCCCACAAAGCAAAUCCACAGCAACUAAAUGCAAAGUUAGAACCUUUUGAAUUUCUUUUUAAUCAUAAUUUCCUAAGAAGCUAGGGGGGGAAGUGGGGUAAGUAUGUUAAAACUUUUUUUUCUUUUAGAUUUUCACCACAAUAUAUAUAUUUUUUUUUUCCCAGGUUUUUUUUUUGGUUUGUUUUUUUUUUUUUUUACUAAAUUUCCCCCCCCCUUGUGUUUGAAGUGAGUAUCCUAAAUAGUCAUUAAAUAUUGGUAUUAUUUAGUACUAUACUGUAGAACACGGGAUAUGCGUAGUUUUUGUGAAGACUCUGUGAUAAUUUCUUUUUAAUUAAGCUUUCAAUUAUUAUUUAACCUUCAAGAUCAAAUUUCUAUUGAGAAAUUUACUUUUAAGUCUGAGAAAAGAUUAUUCCAGAUGACAUUUUUGAGCACGGAAGAAUGCAAAUGGAAAUAGUAGAGUUCCAAUUAUAACAUCUGUGCAUAGCUCUACAACUGAAAUAAUUGAUAUUUGAAAUUUUGCACAAAGAUAAUAUUUCUGAAGUAGCAGUGAUAUUUUGUGGUUUUUAGGAAUAUCACUAGACUGGCCACAGUCUACAAAGACUCUUUUUACAAAAGAUUCUUUUGUCCUGUUCCCCAUCAUGCUGAUAAUGCUGCAACAAUAAUUUGCGAUCAAACAAUUUAAAAAUGUAUCCGUUUUAAAAAAGACCUACAGAACUUUAAAGCCCUAGGUAAUUACAAGUCGUUAUCAACCUUGAUGAUUCUGUGGUUUCUUAUGAUGGUUUGAAGUACUUCUUCCUGGUUUUGUUCACUUCUCGUCAGUGAGAUAAUGUUGAGGCCUUUUUAAUGCUAGAUACAUAUUUCUUACAGGGUUGAAAGUAGCUGUGAUUAAUUCAACUCUCAGCUACUAGUGUGAUGAAGUCAGGAUUAGAAACUUCAGUUGAACAGUCAAGCUCCAUCACCUGACACACCCCUCUAUGUGUUUGCGUGGGUUUGCAAGGGAUUUUUGGCAUCCUUAGUUAUUUUUAGUCUGAUUAGGACUUAACCAGCUCUAAGCAAACAUUAGAAUUAGGUUUGAUCUUCCAUGUCCUGUAUAUCUUGCAACUGUGAGGAACUUAAAAGUGAGUUCAAAGAUAUCUUAUUUAAUAUUUUAGACUCAAUCUAAGGGGAGAAGACUAAGAUGGUGUUCUUACAUUGUGCCUCUAAGAUGGUGAUAUUAAGAAAUGCAAAGUAUCAGGAACUAGAAAAAGAAAUUAAUUCUAUUCUGUUGGAAACAAAGACAACAGAAAGGGAAAUACAUCUGCAAAAUGAUGCCAUAGAAGUGACAAAAUAUCAGUGUGAAAAUCUGGAGGCCCAAGUCAGAGCCCUGUAUUCUGAAAAUUUAAAAUUGAGGUGUGAUGCAGAAACAGUACAAGAGGAGUUUGAGAUGAUACUUGCAAGAAAUAAUGAAUAUCGGGAAAAAAUAAAGGAUCAUAAACAUCUGUUUUGGGAGAUGGAAAGUAAAUUGCCAGUUAUGAUUGAACUUGCUAAAAAGAAAGCAGUUGUGGAAGAAUUAAAGGCAAAAAAAGAGGAGUUAAUAUGUGAUCUCCAGAGUCCAGAAGGAUCUGUUAUGAAACAAGUGCAGGAAGAAAUCACACUGUUAAAAAGCGAAAUCACAACAUUGAAAGAUUUCAUCAACAAAAAAAGAGAUCUGCUGGAGGAAGAGAAUAAAAAGCAUGCUAAGCUUAGAAAAGAAAUUGAGGUACAGAAUAAAAGAUAUGAUGCUAUUUUAAAACGUUUGCAUUGCCAACUGAACAAAGUCCAUUCAAAUAAAAGACAAUGGCGCUGGAACAUUCAGCAGUUGGAGAAGAAGGCCGCAGAACUAAGAAAGUGUCUUGGAGUAGCAGAGUUACAAAACAUGUAACAAACUUAACAAAGCUAGAAUGCACAUAAUCUUUUACAGGCAGGGGAGUUUUUUCUGGAAAUGCUACAAAUCUUAAAUAGCCUGAUAACUGAGUCAGGCCUUAGUGAUUUCCUUCUUUUUAAAGUUUUUCUCACUUUCAUUUUGUGGCCUAACUAAUAACCACAAUAAUAAUUGAGCUGUUCAGGAAUAGGUGAACUAUUCAGGAAGAAAGUUACUGACACUUCCAGGUGUUUUCAAAAUAUGUGUCAAUUUUAUCUAUAAAGUUAUUUGAAAGUCAACCAAACAAGAUUUUGGGAGUUCCUGUGUAUUUCAUUUGGUCUCUGAAGGCUGGGAUAUAUGCUGCUUUUCCUGCAGAAAAACUAAUAUUGGUAUAUAUUUGCGCUCUUGAGAGACCAAAGUUUUUUUAUCUUUUAUCCACAUCCCUUUUUAUUGCAAUUUUCUAAGGAACUCUGAAAGCUUUGAUGGCCUGGAUUUUGCUCUGUGGGAAACUCAUCUAGAAAAUGUUACAGUCUGCCAGGAUGUUCUGGCAUGGGGGACAAAGGGGCCAAAAGCUGUCCAGCUGUAAAAGACUUGGAACAAGUACAUUCAGAACUGGACUUCAAGUACUUCAGACUGGACAAGUCUGACUUCAACUGGUCUAAUAGAUGUUAGCAAAGAGGAGUGAGUAGGUACCAUCUCUGGACAGCUUUUAAAAUGGAAUAACACCCUCAAGAAACAGGAAUGUGUUACAGAUGAUUGAUGAUAGAGGAAUUUAUUGUCUAGAGGGUUUUAACUAGUAUCAGCCAUCUACCAUCUAAGUGAAUUAUCAUCUAAGAUGACUCAAUGUAAAUGACAACAUAUUAAAAAUUCUUGUUAAAAUAGUAGUGUACAGCAGCUAUUUUCCUUUACUUUAUUUUUUUUAUUGCUUGGCACUUUAAGAAUUUACAGUACUUUCCCUACUCUUACACUUAAGGCAGUGGUUCUGCUUGAAUGUAACUUGUAAUGUUUAUCUGUUCUAUGGAAGUAGCUUUUUAUUUAAGGGCUUGUUUUAAAUUAUUUAGCUUUACCUUUACUCAUUAAUAUAAAAUGAAGACUUGACUGUUUACUGUGAAAUAUGUUAAACUGCUUGUAUAUUGUUAUUUUACAAAAGCAAAGGUUAAAGUGUAGUACUAUUAUUACCUUCAUAUAUUCAUGUAUAUUUACAUUUCCCUUAAUAUGUUAUGUCACUUAAUAUAAAGUUAUUUUAAGCAAUAUCUUGAUUCAUUAGGGCUCUUUCUCAACAUUGUUUGUCUCUUAAGGCAUUUUUGUUCAGUCUUUUUCCUUUGCAAUAAUAUGAACCAGGCUGCUUUCAUUAAAGCAAUAAAGUAGUACUAGAAACCUCUAUAUCCUAUGCUAGAGUAAUAUUAUGUCCUGAAUAUUGAGUCUUAUUGAGUAUAUAGCACAAAACUGUGACAUUACAAUUGUUGAUCCAUACACAGAGCAAAAUAGCAUCCAUUUUAUGCAUGUGUCUUCUAGAAAGGGUCCUGAUCUGAAAAGCUGGAGAAUUUACUGUGUUAUUGUUAGUUUCAGCAAUUAACUCUCUUCUUUUAUUUUGCAUGGUUCCUAGUUUCAGUUUAUUCAUCCAUCAAGUGAAAGGAGUCUAUCAAGUACAAUGAUAUAAGUAAAAAUACUGAUGUGCUGUUUUCUUGAUGAGUUCAAUAGUUCAAGCCUUCGAAAGCUAUUGAUUGUCAGAUCUCACCAAUAGCUUUAGCUAAUGUAUCCCCCAGAGUGGUACAACAUCCAACAUUUUCAGGGUUUUAAGAUGAUGUACCCUUAAGUAUGCCUUUUACCACCGAUAUUAUCUUGUUUUUAUUUUUAGUUUAUCAUUAUUUCUGCUACAGAACAAUUAAUGCAUCAAAAUAUGUUUUUUGUCUUACUUCAGCUAAGUUCACUUUGACAGCUCUUACCAUGGUCUAGUAUCACAGUUUAGCCUUGCAUUUAUUACCUGCUAAAAACAACUAUAACGAACAAUCCAAACCUUCUAAUGUAACAACAAUAUCACACCUUUGUUUUUCUUUCUGACCAAUGAAGAUGUUCAUUAUUACUUCCCUGGGAAUUAGGUUGGUUUCUGUGUAUCAGCACAUGUACAGAAUGACUCACAUAUCUCAAAUAAAUACCUUGGACUUACA